UUUUUUCCUCUUUUUUAGCGUGUGUCUUGUUGUGGCUGUUUUCUCUCUGUUAUUUUUUUCUGACUUCAGGGCUGCUUCGUGUGAGCGCGAGCGCGACUCUGCACUUCAGCCGCACAUGUUCAUGAUGAGAGAGAGAGCCGCGCGCACCGGGGCCGCCAGUGUUUCUCAGCUGUGCUGGUUACUGCAAUGAAUGGCAACACUAUUGAGGAGCCCCCGAGCAGCAUAGCACCGCCUUGUGGCUGGAGGGAGUUCUGUGAGCUUCAUGCAAGUGCCACGGCGCGAGAGCUAGCGCAGCAUUACCGGCGUUUCGCUAGGACUCGCCCGCCGCACGAUGUCGUCUCCCCGGAGAAAUUCGGCCGGCACUUCAGCCUCAUCUUCCAGCACCACUUCCGGCGAGAGGUGGCCAAAGAAGAAGCCCCGCCCCCUCCCGUGACUGGACGCACAUGCACCUUCUCCGAAGUGCUGGACUACCGGGACGCGGGUCGACCGGUGGGCGGUGCCUCCUUCGUUUUUUUGCAGCCGAAACUGGAACGGGAGCAGCCGCUGCAAAACUUCACUACACACAGACACACCCAAGGGGUGGAGCUCGCUGAGAAUUACGCCCCUUCGCCUCCCGCACCCCUCCCCUCACCCGUCAACGUCAUUUCGAAGUUCGGGAGGAGCGUGUGCCAGUUCUUCAAGAAACGUCCGUCGCGUGACGACUCGGUCCAGGACAGCUCCGGGGACGAGUCCGAAAGAAGAGGUGGGGCUUCCAGGGCGGGGGGACACUCUCCGGUUACAGCGCUGCCCUCUGGCUUCCUGAGCCUUCUGACCAAGCGCAAGAAAGGGAAAGGAGGCGUGUGCAAGGAAGGACAGUUAAACUACCUGGAGGUCAACGACGCGAUCUCGGACACGACCCCGAGCUGGAUGCGCUGCCGCCUGCUGCUGCGGAGGAACAACGACACGUUCCAGCUGGAGCUCUACAAUCCGCCCAAGGGCUCCAAACCGAAGCUGAAAGCAUGCUGCUCUGACAUACAGGAGAUCAGACGCUGUACUCAACUAGAGCUGCCUGACAACAUCAACACAUUCGUAUUAAAGGUUAAUAACUCUCCCAGCAGUUUUAUAUUUGAGGCUGAUGAUGAGCAGCAGCUAAGUUCCUGGACUUCAGAGCUCAGAAGCUGUAUCAGCACCAGGGCGGACAUUGUGGAUGCAGAGCUGCUCUGUUUUCCUGUCGCUGAUCCUGUAGCAGCAGUAAGGAGGGGGAGCACAGAAUCUGGCAGCCCGGGUUCUCCUGGUUUCACACUGCCUGAGCAGGUCUACCACAAGACGGAUCACUUCCUGUCCUCCUACCCAUGGUUCCAUGGGCCCAUCUCCCGCGUCCGAGCAGCUUACCUGGUGCAGCAUGCAGGGGUCAGAGGUCACGGCAACUUCCUGGUGAGACAGAGUGAGACGCGGAGGGGAGACUAUGUCCUGACCUUCAAUUACCAGGGAAGAGCCAAGCACCUGCGCCUGUCUCUGACUGAGUGGGGUCAGUGUCGUGUCCAGCACCUGCGUUUCUCCUCCGUUGUGGACAUGCUGUCUCACUUCCGUGUCUGUCCGAUCCCACUUGAGUGUGGAGCAGCGUGCGACGUCCUAUUGGCCAAUUACGUCCUGGCCACACCCACCAGUGCAGCUUCAUGUUCCUCUGUGGCUUCUCCAGUCUUGGUUCCGUUCUCUCGCUGUAGCUCAGAGCCCAGCCUGGCUCACUGGGGCCUCGAAGCGUCUGCCCCCAUCGCCCCGCCCCUCGGAGCUUCAUCCGGCCCUGCCCUCCCUCCACACAGCGCUUUGGGACCCACCUCUGACCCCACCCACAUACGGCGCAGCGAGUCUGUGGGCCGCAGGACACUCCUCCGCCACCCCAACCCCCUACCCCCGCUCCUGCACACCCGGGACUCGGAAUACGAGCUGGAGCCGCUGGACAGGGGGCGCAAGAGAGCCAUCGACAACCAAUACAUGUUCUUCUGAAUGAAAGAGACGGACAACUUUCGGGACGGAGAGACCACCAGCAGGGGGCACCAGAGAACUCUGGCACAAGCAGAGAGGAAGGUGGGCAUCAUCCCAAUCCUCUGAGUGCACUUCCCCUCAUCCCUAAACUCUUGGAUGUGUCUUAAAGACUAGCCAGGGGGAGGGGGGCUGACCUGCAGGACACACUCCCUGACUUCACUCCCUUACUGUGGAGUCGUCUGACCAGUCACUCGGAGGUGAAGUGACGCCGGCUCGUGGCACACUGCAUGCUAUGCAUGAGCUCGCGCGUGUGUGUAUGCGUCUGUGUGGACAGAGUGGACACACACACCUCACACUCCGCAGAGACACCUGACAAUCGUCCACUUUGAAUGUAUUUCUCACUAUUAAGCCUUAAUGUUGCUUUUAGCAAAACUCUGUGUGUGUGUGUGUGAAUGUCUGUGUGUCUGUGUUUUAUAUCAUUCCCUCACUUUUUUAAGAACGAGUGUGAGCUCUUCCUGUGUGUUACUUGGGACGAGCGGUCAGCACAGGGUCAGACCGUCUGACCGACCGGCUAGCCGCGCUAAAUCUGACCGGUUCAAAUCACCUGGAGGUUUGAACUGUUUUUAUUAUAGGUUAGUUAUAAAAUUGUUAUAAGGUAAUCCGUAAGAAACUGAGACUCAGCCGUGGCACAGGGAGAGCUAGCUGAGCGCGCUUGUGACAGAUUAGCAUGCUGAAUCCAACCUGGUCAACUCGGUCACUACAUGACACGAAGGACGUGUCAGUGUGAGUUUAUAUAAUAAACACAUGGUGAUAUGAGGAAGCUAAUGGUCACUCUAAUGGUCACUCUGAAGCGCUAGUUCAGUCUGUGUAGCUAACGGCGAUCUGCUGAAGAGGAGAACGUUCCUCAGGACGCUCACAGCUCUAGAACAGGAGCUGCGCUAAGCUCCUCCCAAGUGGAACCACAGGAGGCGGGGUUUAAAUAAAUCCCAACCAUCUGACACUCUCCAGGCUGGACGAUGGCGUGGACGUUUAGCCGUGAGACGUGAUGGCGAGACAGGAGUGGCGUCUCACUGAGCAAUAAGAUAUCGCCGCAUAAGUGCCUUCAUCCCUCAGGACAGGGGGGACAGUGAUCAGGACACACCCCCCGUGACGUGGUAUUUUCUAGCAUACGGAUGAACACAUUUCCCCCUGCAGUGACACGUGUGUGUGUGUGUGUGUUAAACCUGGACGUGAGCUCACACGUUACUGUAGCUUCUCCACGUCUGCAGCUGCUGGUGCAGGAGUUUCAGUGCUACUCUGCCCCCUAGUGGAUGUAGUGUGAUGUACAGGAGACAGUCGGCUGGGUGAAGAAUAGAUCACGCAGCUGUGUGUGUGUGUGUGACCUACACGUUUGCAUUCCACUGAUACAGGAAGUGGAAGUUGAUCAAUUAAACCCUGAUUUUAGUCUUCACACACACACACACAUACAAAUCUUCUCCUUUUUUUAUUACUAGCUGCUGCUCUAACAGCGUUACAGAAAUGAGUGUCAGUAACUUCAGCCUGAGGAACAGUGUAACUGUAACAGGACAAAACCUCCACUAGGCCACACCAAUAGGGGGCGGAGCUACAGUGUGCAGGGGGUGGAGCUCCGGUACGCAGACUGCUGAUGGAGAUUAAUCCACGUGCUGGAAAUCCUCAUGUGGAAAACACCAGAACUCAUCGACAGAGUGAAUUGUGUAAAACGUCAAAACGCCACAUGCCUUAACACGCGUCUCCGCCAAAGACGUGCGAGUUUUCCGCCAAAAAACACCCGGGAAACGGACGCAAUAAUCCCGCCUUCCAUUACACACUGGACGUUUUUUGGGGUUUUUUAUUUCAAGCUCAAGGUCCAGUUGCUUUCCACUGACACACACACAAAAACGCAAAGAGCUGUUAGCUAAGCAACGAUUCACGUCUUCAUCGGCUAGCAUUACUAGCCACGCCCUUGCUAGAAACAAUCGCAUCUCGCUAAAGCUCUGGCAUUAUUUUUUACACGUUAGCAUUUUAGCUAUCUGAUCUGACCCUUUACAUAGAAAAACAAAACAAACUUUACUUAUUAUUAUUAUUUUUUACUUCCUUAUUUGUGCAAUUGUUAAAUCAACUGACUGAAACCUAGUACUGUUCUAAAAAGAAGGGUUUAGGAAAUGUAUUUAUUAGCAUUAAGGAUUAGUGAGGCACUAACAUCCUGCUAGCGUGUCUGAUCAUGUUUGUUAAUCAGAACAGACUUUGCCUCAUGCUAAGUUCCAGCAUUCACAACGAAUCGCUACGUUAGCGUAGAACAUUAGCCACUUUAGCCAGCUUUCUCUUCCUCCGUGUUUAAACUGUGAUCUCUCGCAGCUUUCUCACACACAGAAGCGCUAACCAGAUGAGCAAAAGGAAAGCAAUGGUAUCUUCUCACCUGGUAGGUGUUAGUGCUCUGCUCCUGGCGCUUGUUCCUAGCAUGAUGGGAUUGGGGCAGUGGGUCAGCUCGGGUCUGGACGUUGUUCCUCACACUGAGGGCGAUGGAAGCGGAGGGAUUCAUGGCUCUGACCUGCACUUCCUGACCCCCACCCCCAGCCCCCCAACAAACACGUUCAGCAGUCCUAUCAAUGUAGAUGGUCCAGAUUUAUCUCUUCACACUCCUUCUGUCCUGUUCCACCUAAAAACCAUCGCUCUCACACGUCACACAAUUCACACACGUCACACAAUUCACACACAUCACACAAUUCACACACGUCAUACACACAUCACAAUUCACACGUCACACAAUUCACACACGUCACACAAUUCACACACAUCACACAAUUCACACACGUCAUACACACAUCACAAUUCACACGUCACACAAUUCACACACGUCACACAAUUCACACACGUCACACAAUUCACACACAUCACACAAUUCACACACGUCAUACACACAUCACAAUUCACACGUCACACACACACUUCACACGCUUCACACAAUUCACACACGUCACACGCUUCACACACAUCACACACAUCGCACACGUGGGCAGUGGUGGCUCAAGUGGUUAAGGCUCUGGGUCGUUGACCGGAAGAUCAGGGGUUCAAGCCCCAGCACCGCCAAAUUGCCACUGUUGGGCCCUUGAGCAAGGCCCUUAACCCUCUCUGCUCCAGGGGCGCUGUAUCAUGGCUGACCCUGCGCUCUGACCCCAACCUCCAAGGAUGGGAUAUGCGAAGAAAGAAUUUCACUGUGCUGUAAUGUAUAUGUGACAAAUAAAGGCUGUUUCAUUUCAUUUCGUUUCACACACACGUCACACGCUUCACACACCACCAGCAAGGUUUCUUCAAGACCUUGAGUGUGAGAGCCUUACUCUUGUGAUGAGAAAUUCAAGAAUUCAUCAGCAGCAGGAAUGUUUCUGGAAUUCUGCAGAGUGUAGAUGUGUGACAGAGUGUUUCUGGGAUUGUAAAGAGGCACAGUGUGUGUGUGAGUGUGUGUCCUGUCUCUACACUAUACUGUUGUGUUUCUCUGCACUGUAAACCCACAGGCUCUGCUCUACUCCACAGCUUCCAGGAUUUUUAAUAAGGAUUUUUCUCUCUUUUCUCUCUCCAUAUUAACCAGACGCAUAUUAAAUUAUAUCCACUGUAUAGGUCACCUCUCUCUCUCUCUCUCUCUCUCUCUCUCUCUCUGUUUUUGGAAAAAAAACUAAUAAAAUGAAUGUUAAAAUCUU